AUGAUCAGAACCAUUAGUUUUAUCCAUGUACAGAAGAUUCUGCAACCCAAAUGGACCCUUAAAAAUAAAUAAAUACAUUGCAUACUACUAGUGUAUUCCUCUUGUUGAAAGAGCUCAAGUACUUUCAUUCACUUGCUCUCGUUGUCAAAAAGAAAAGAAAAACUUGUGAUCCAUGAUGAGUAGUACAGGAAGAAGUAGGUUUCCUUUCACAGCAAAUCAGUGGCAAGAACUUGAACAUCAAGCUCUUAUUUACAAGUACAUGGUCUCUGGAAUGCCUGUUCCUGCUGAUCUUCUCUAUACCAUUAGAAGGAGCUUGGAUUCUUCUCUUUCCUCAAAGCUCAUCAUUCACCAACCACACCACAUUGGAUGGAACUGUUUUCAGAUGGGAUUUGGGAAGAAAAUAGAUCCAGAGCCAGGGAGGUGCAGAAGAACAGAUGGAAAGAAGUGGAGGUGUUCAAAAGAAGCUUAUCCAGAUUCUAAGUACUGUGAGAGACACAUGCACAGAGGCAGAAACCGUUCAAGAAAGCCUGUGGAAAUUAUGACUACUAACAACACAUCAUCAACAACAACAAGACCUAUAAUACCUCCUACAGCAAUUCCCAUCUCAUCAAUCAACAAAAACACAAACACUUGUAGCCCCACUUCUUUCUCUUAUUUAACUUCUUCUUCUUCAUCAACUCAUGAACCCCACCAUAACUAUCCUUUUCUUUAUAGACCCCCUCAAGACCAUACCCCUAAAUUCCUUUUCGAAUCUCCUCCUGCUUAUUCCAGGAACGGAAUGAAAGAGGAAGUAGGUGAGCAUGUUUUCUUCUCAGAGGCAUCAGGGACAAUGACAAGUACUUGUGGAUCGAAUUCACUAGAGAGUGAUACUUGGCAAUUGUCACCACUUACAAUGAGUUCUUCACCAAUGAAACAGAGGACAACUUAUUCACCUUCACAGAGUACAGCACAUUCGUACUUACAACUUCAAAGCCUCAAUGAAUCUUCAAGACAAAAUUAUUAUUAUCAUAACGAUGUCGAGAAAGAAGAUCACCAGCCUAAGAAAGUAAUGCAUCAUUUCUUUGAUGAAUGGCCACCCAAAGACAACAAACAUUCAUGGCUUGAUUCUGAUGACAAAUUUUCAGGCCUUUCCAAAACUCAACUCUCAAUUUCAAUACCAAAUCCCUCACAAGACUUGUUCAUAACUACUAAUGAGAAAUGAGAUUUGAGAAUCAGAAAGAGCCAUAAGAGUACUAGUACUUGUUACAAUGGUGGUGGGGCUGAUGUUAGCUUUUUGAUAUACAUGUGUUCAUUAAGAGAAGUUUUUAUUAUUUAUGCAAGUGUUGUGUUGUUGUAGUAGUAUUAGUAGUACUUUGAAUUAGAUGUAUGUGGUGCCUGGCAAGCUAACUGAGCAUUCACAUGGUAUUUGGGUUUGUCAGCAAGCAGCAUUGUAUUCCUUCCCCUCCCUUUCCCCUGCUGCUCCUAAUAUUAUUAUUACUACUCACUGAUCACUGAUCACUGCUACUAUUAGUAUUUG